GGGCUCAAGAUGAAUUUCGGAAUCCUGGCGGUGACAGAAUAAACGUUCGACCAAGGGAGGACGACUUCUACAGCGAAGGCAAACGCAGGAGAUAUGAUAAUGCAGAAUAUGAUCACAGCCAGAUUUACCAAGAGGCUCACUAUGAGUCCCAAAAUCAGGCUCGUUCCGGCGACUUCACCCAUAACAACUUACCAGACGAGCGCUCUCAACGAAAUUUCCAGAACAAAAAACGCCUUGUUCCAAGCGAACCAAGUCCGCAUGUUAUUUUCCUCGGCUUAGAUCCAGACUUCACCGAAUCCGACCUCCGGUCACACCUUACCAAUAAUGGUUGUAGUGUUGAAACAGUCACUAUUAUCCGAGACAGAUCAACAGGUGUCUCCAAGGGCUUCGGCUUUGCCCAGUUCUCAAGCACUGAACACGCGCGUGCUUUUGUUGACCCCCUCUUUCCGUUCAUUCAAGUUCCGCCACCGGCGUCUCAUGGUGCUUCGUCUUCUGCUGCUUAUUAUAAAGCUCUAGAAUCCGGUGUGCCUCAUGAUGGCCGGAGAGUGAAAAUUGACUAUUCACAGAGUGCCACUCCUCAUGACAGGAGUCGAACUCGCCAGAAUAUGAACGACGGUACUCGUGAUAUUGGUAACACCCAAGCGCCUGUACUGCUCUUCCGGGGACUCGAUCCGCUAUCUGGCCCUCAAGCUAUUGCGCAGGCUAUGAAAAGUUCAUCGGGUAUUGGAAAAGAUGGCGCCAAGGGCAUGAAAAGAAUUAUCCUGAUUAAGGAUAAGGUGACCUUGGCGAGUUUUGGCUUCACUUUCGUGGAGUUCGUUGAUAUUCAGUCCGCGUCUGCUGUAUUAGCAGCGACUAUGUCCCCUCAAAUCCACCCCUCAGGAUUUCGCAUUUCUGAUCGACCUGUAGCCGCUUCAUUCGCUCAUCCCUAUUCAUUUCAACUCGUGGCUGACCACGUCCUCCGAGACGAGGCGGUUUUUUCUUCGUCGCUAAACUUAGGGGGCGUGGAAGGUUCAUGGGUGAAAUAUUGGGACGAAACGACGACUGUCGCCAUACUUGAAUUUGAAGUUGAGGGACCACCUCAGGUUGCCCUCCCCAUGUCUACUAAGGAGAAGAAGGGAAAGAAGAAACUCAAAGAUGAUGCUAUCACACCCGCACCCAAUGCAUUGCCCGAAGCAUCUGUUCUGCCUAUCUCCGAUAAGCCUGUGACUCUUACUUUUAAGGGAGUUGCUGCAAGCAAAGCUGCGACAUCUACAUUAGUGUCCGCUCCAUCCGCACUAGGUUUCUCGUCCGAGGAAAGCGGAGCUCUUUCUCCAGGAGCGGAUGAAGCACAAUUAAAUGCUGAUGCUAAAGCUGCAGCUGCAAAGAAGGUCGCCCCAUUGAUUGCAAGUAAGAAGACCGUUAAUAAUAUCAACAAAUGGAAUCAAGUACAGGAAGAACUCAGAGACGAUUCUGAAGCACAUCCACCGGACAAUCCGGUUGGUGCCACGAGUCCCCUGGUUGCCCCCAGCACAGCACCAGCCCAACCGCAGAGAGGAGAAUUCGAGUUCUCGGACACAAAUGCAAUGACGUGUCUACUAUGUGCAAGACAGUUCAAGAGUACGGAUCAGCUCAAACGGCAUAACAAGGAAUCAGAUUUACACAAGAAUAACCUCAAAGAUGCGACACUACAAGAACUAGCUCGUCAAAAAGCUCAAGUUGCUCGAAAGACGACACAAUCGACCAAGGUUAUGGAACAAACGAAAUAUCGCGAUCGCGCAUUCGAACGUCGGAUCAUGCAUAACCAGCCCGACGUUCCACCACCUGAUAAUGAUAAUAUACCGAAGAAGAGGCAUAUAGAGGGGCCUCCUCCAAUCACUCCUCCGCCUGUCCCCGUCGUAUCAACUCAGGAUGACAACAACAUUGGUAAUAAACUACUCAAGAUGAUGGGUUGGAAAGAGGGAACUGGACUAGGGAGUUCUGGCGAAGGCAGAACUGAGCCUAUUCAAACAGCUAUUUAUGCCCAGGGGGUUGGUUUAGGGGCCAGCAAAGGAAAGGAAAUAGGCAAGUAUGCCGAUGGGUAUUCAGGUUAUGUGCACAUGGUGCAAGAUGCAGCCCGUGAGCGGUUUGGGCUGUAGGAUAUCCUGUAUUUAGCCGUUUGUAUUAAAUCUUUCAUUUUUUGGAAACAUCCCUUUUACCAAGUGGACGGUUACAA